AUGCGUGUGAAAGAAUGUAUUUGUUUAAUGUUAUUUAUUUGUAUUUUUUUUAUUAUUGUUAUUUAUAUUUUUGGUCGAAGUGAUUCAACAGUUGAGAUGGGCUCGAAAUGGUCUUCGCCGGAUGCAUCAAUAUCAUCAUCGGAUUUGUCAGUUGCUGAUCAUAUUCAACAGUUAAUUCACAAAUAUCCAGUUGUGGUUUUCUCAAAAUCUUAUUGUCCUUAUUCAUCAAAAGCAAAAAGUAUUUUAGCGAAAUAUGAUUUAGAUAAAAAUUAUCAUGUACUUGAACUUGAUCAUUUAUCAUUAAAAGCCGAUGAAUAUCAAAAUGAACUUGGAAAAUUAACAGGUGCACAAACUGUACCAAGAGUAUUUAUCAAUGGUAAAUGUAUUGGUGGUGGCGAUGAUACGGUGGCUUUAGAAAAACGAGGCGAUUUAGAACGUUUAUUAAAAGAAGCUAAAGCUAUUUUCUAA